AUGUUAGACAACCGAGAUGGAAUCGGUGAUGAAUUUCAUACAAAUUGGAGUGGUUAUGCUACUGAAUUUAAAAGUGCUAGACAACCUAUAGAUAAUGAAGUACAAUUUUAUAGAUUUGGUGGUAGACCAUAUGUUCCUUAUACUCCUCUUGCUGGUAGUGGUGGAGAUAAUAAAGAAGAGGAAAAGAAAGAGGAACCUCAAAAACAAUAUAACGAGAAUAAUUGGGAACCCAUGAAAAUAUAUGAUCCUCGUACUGGAAAAAUGCGGAUAUUAAAUACUUUACAAGAAUAUCUUGAUUAUCGAUUACAAAAUAAACUCGAUCAACAAGGUGUUAAUGAUAUGAUUAAUAAGUUACUUGAGGGUAUUCGUUAUAAAAUUGAAGAUGGUAAAUUAGUUGAAACUGGAGAAGAUAAAGUUGAAGCUGGUAAAUUGUUAUAUGAUCCUUAUUUUAAUACAAAUCCUAUUUGGAAUCAACGUAGAGAGAGAUAUGAUCAAUAUAUUCCUAAUAUUAUUACAUAUGAUGAUUAUAGUCAUGAAAUUGAUAAAAAGAUUAAGUAUCUUAGACGCGAGAAUAAAAAUAUUAAAGAGCAAAUAAAAGCUGGAGGUCUUCAACGUCAAGAAAUUAAUCGGAUGGUUAGAGAAAAUCAGAGACGUAUUGAAGCACUUGAAAAGGAGAAUAUUGAUUUAAAACGUAAUCAACAACAGUUUGUUACUAAAGAAGAUUUGAGGUCUUAUAAUAUAUUUCUUCGACAUCGUUUUGGUUAUUCUGAAAGAUUACUUGAAGAGAUGACUACUAUACUUAAUGAUAUGAGACCAGUUGUUUCUCGUAUACCUGAAUUUGAGAAAUUACUUGGUCAAUAUGGUAAUGAUAUUAAUAAUGUAUAUGGAACAAUUGGAAAAAUGAAUGAAGAAAUUGAAAAGAGUUAUAAAACUAUGAAUGCUCGUGAUCGUAUGUAUAAUGCUGGUUUGAAUGCUCUUUCUAAUGCUAUUUAUGUUUCUAAAAAUGAGCAACGUAUUAUGCAGACUCUUAUUAAUGGUAUUAUUGCUGGUAUAAAUGAAAUGAGAGUUAAUCAACCUGAUUUAUAUAAAUCUGAAAUUAAUAAUAUUAACAAUUUUUUGAAUAGGCUUAAUUUACGUAUUGAUCAAAGUAAUGAACGUAUUAAAGUAUUGGAAGAUGAAAAUAAAACAUAUGCUAGUGAUUUUGAUUAUUUAGAGAAAAAUUUUCCUCAGAUUGAUAGGAAAAUGAGUCAGGAAGUUUUUAAACAAGAAACUGAUCAAGUUACAUUUAAUAAAUGGAAGCUUAUUAGUGAUAUAACAAAGUUAAUGGGUAAUAGAUUUUAUAUUAAUGAAAAUCAAGUUGCUCAAUAUAUUAGAAGUAUAUCUGAUCCUGCUAUGCGUGCUGGAGCUAAACGACGUUUUGAUGCUAAGUUUGGUGCUAUUGCUAGUAAUAUUAGAAAAUAUAAUGAAGGAAGGAUGCGAGAUAUGUCACCCGUUAUUAAUUUGAUUGCUGAUAUACAAGAAGAAGUUGGUAGAGGUAAUGAAUUAGCUAAUGCCGCUUUUAAUGUUUUAGGUGGUAUUAAUCCUAGUAGAGGUGAUGGAGGAAGUGGAACUGCUUCUGUAUUAGUUCCUGUUGCUACUCGUGUACGUGAUGUUAAACUUGAAAGACCUUCAUUUGUAAAUGAUCCUACAAUAAUCAAAAAAUUAAAUAAAUUAUAUGAAAAAUUCCCCAGAGUUGUUAAACAAUUUGCUAGAAAUCGUCCUCUUGAAUAUGGUCCUAAUCGUCAUUUCUUUGAACAAUUACAAAAAAGAGUUGAUGUUGCAAAGAGUAUAUUUGUUGAUCAUGAUUAUACUAUUCCUAUUAACAGUGUUGGAGUUGGAAAUUUUAUUGAUAGUUUUACUGAUUUUAUAAAUAAAUUAAAUAAUAAUACUUACAAUUUGAAUGAUUUAUUACAGUCUUCUAAUGUUCUUGAUAAGGAUAUUGAUAAAAUGAAGAUUGAAUAUGAUACAAAUCGUGAUAUUGAUCAACAAUUAAUAUAUAAUAAGGCUAUUCAACUUAAUGAUACUACUCCGGAAAGACUUGAUAAUGCUUUUAGGAAUGUUAUUACAAGGAGAUAUAUUGAUGAAUAUUAUAGUGCUGAUAAACGUUUAUUAAGUAAUAAUCAAAUGCAAGGUAUAGUUGCAAAUGUUGUUGGUGGUGAUGUUGAAUCUAUUGAAAAGAAAACAAGAAAUGCUAGUAAAGGAAAUAAAAAAUACGAUGUUAAAUUUAUGCGUGUGGAUGUUGAUAAAUCUCUUUUGAAAGGAAAUGUUGUUGAAGAAUUGAAACCGGGUAAGUAUCAUGUUAAACUUGGAAAGAAAUUUCCUGUUGAACCUUAUGAUUUUACUGAUGCUCAAAUAGCUAGUUUGGUUCAAGAACAAAUUGCAAAUGAACGUCUUGAAGAAGAUCGUCGUAAGUUACUUGAAUAUACUGAUACUCGUACUGUUAGUCAUAAGACUGUAGAUGGUAGUCCUUAUGAUCCUUCUCAGAGUAGUUCUAUUGAAAGUAUUAAAGAAAUUAAGAAAAGGAAAAAGAAAUUUAAUUAA